AUGGCAAGGGAUGUUCUUUCUAUUCCCGUGUCCACUGUUGCAUCUGAAUCAGCCUUCAGUACAGGUGGUCGUAUUCUUGAUUCAUAUCAGAGUUCUAUAUCACCAAAGACAGUAGAAGCUUUUAUUUGCACUCAACAAUGGAUACAAUCACCUUCUAAAGAAUGGAAGCGUGAUGGGUAUCGUAACACAUAUUUGUCAACCAAAUAUGUAAGCAAUUCUUGUAGAAUAAAGGCAAUUCUUGUAGAUAUGUUUGACCUAUUUGGUGAGGAAACUGAAGAGGAAAAGAAGGCUGCUGAAGAACGUGCUGCAGCAUUGAAGGCUUCAGGGAAGAAGAAAGAAUCUGGCAAGUCCUUAGUUGUCAUGGAUGUCAAGCCAUGGGAUGAUGAGAUUGAUAUGAAAAAGCUUGAAGAAGCAGUUCGUAGUGUUCAUAUGGAAGGAUUGACUUUUGGAGCAUCUAAACUUGUUUCUGCUGGAUAUGGUAUAAAGAAGCUGCAAAUUAUGCUUACCAUUGUGGAUGAUUUGGUCUCCGUGGAUGAUCUCAUCGAGAAUUAUCUAACGGUUGAACCUAUCAAUGAGUAUGUGCAGAUCUGUGAUAUUGUUGCUUUCAACAAAAUACGAUUUCUGCUAUUCUGAAGUUUUGAUGGGAAGGGCUGGUGAUCAUUAGACUUUUCUUUUGUUGAAAGAGUGUACCUUAUAAAUCAUCUAUUUUUCUUCCUUGUUUGGAAGAAUAUUUAC